AUGGUUACUAGUGUCUAGUGCACACAGGUUAGCAGUAGAAAGGAAGAAACCGCUUUUACUAAGCAUUUACUGUAUGUGUUCCUUUUGUUAAAAUAUUUGGAAAUGUCUGCUACUUGCUUAAAAUAUCCAAACACAUCCAGGUUUUACGGUUGGUUUGAACUGAGGAUGUUAUCAGCCGCUCUUGGGUUCCCUAGCUGUCUCCUCAUUGAUUGUCUGCCAUCAGAGCUGGUUAAGGGAGAGCUGGGCCUCCGCUCCCAGGACCUGCAGAGACUAAUAGAUCAGGACUGUUUCACUGCUGCUCUGAAUUUCUCCUAUAAUAUGAAAAGUGGGAUCCACAAUGUGAAAACACUCAAGAAGUGCAUCAAUCUGCUGGAUUGCAAGAGUCUUAGCUUUACGGAGAUUAAAGAGGCAAAAUUGGCUUUCUCGGUUUACGAGAGCUUGGAUCAAAAAGGUAUGAAGCUGAGCCAGCGGACGUUGCUGAGAGCAUUCAAGAUGUGCGGACGAGCGAUCGCUCCACUGAAGCUCGCACACAGAAUUAAGCACCUGAGGGCUGGCUUUGCUGAAGAAGGACGACUGCAGCUCUAUGAGUUCCUUGACCUUCUGCCCCUCUGUGAGCCCCAGGAUAAUGUUCUCAUCCGGGAUAGCUGGGCUGGGUCGACGGAGAUGAUAAAAGGAAACACGUACAAGCUGGAUAAUGACUCUUCCCUCCUGGGGCCUGAGGACCAUAGAGUGGGUCAGCAUCUGAACCAGUGCUUCUUGAAGGAAGAGUGGGAUUAUGGGAUAAUUUCCACAGAGAGUCGCAAACUGACAGAACCUUCAUUGCUGCCCUCUUUCUGGCUGCAGCAGGAGUCUUUGGUGGGUGCGCAAAACCAGACUUGUACACAAACACAGAGUUCUCAAGAGGCCUACUCCAUGCAGAACCCUUCGAGGGUCCCGUUGAAAGGCAGCGCAGCGAAAGCUGGUUUGGAGGACUCUGAGACAUGGACUUGGGUAGUCUCUGUGCCCCAGCUGAAGAGUGGCCACUAUACCCCAACCAAGAUUGAACCCAUUCUCACAGAGUAUGAGCUGGCCAAGACAGAGAGAAUGAGGUCAGCUCUCCAGUAUGACAUGGACACACUGGAGGAAAGGAGCCAGUGGGAGCUGCAGUGGAAGAUGGGUCACUACCUCCCUGGCCGUGAAGCUCCUGCUGCCGAGAGACCCCGAUCAGGGGCUGUGAGUGCAGUCCAACCAGUGAAGGAGAGACGUGCACCUGUUCAAGAUGUGUUUGACAGGCUGUACUCUGGAGUGAAAAGGGGAACAUCUGCAUGCCGGCAAGCAAGGUGCACUGCCCUCACCCUGGGAAAAAGGACUGUACCGCCUUCUACCACAGCUGUCACUCCAAUUAGACUUACCCGCCAGCUGAAAAACAAAAAGAAGUUCUGAAAACUGCUUCCUGAAAGUGCUGUGUGUAAAACAGCCAUAUGGGCAUGUUAAACGCCCCCAAUAGUCAUGUUUGAGCAAGCAACAAGAAACAACUGGAGAAUUUAUUUGAUGACAGACAUGUCUUCUAGUAUGGUGUGGACUGAAAAUGAGAUAUUUAUCUCAAAAUAUUUUAAAGUUGAUUUUUUUUUUCCCUCAGGUUUGCCUCUAUUCAUUCAAAUUCUUAUGUUUUACAAACAAAUCAACCUUUUGAAGUAUGGGUUGAAAAGUUUGGAAACCUAGAGAAGGUCAGUUCCCCUUGGUCUACAGAGACCCCCGUUCUCUGUCCUGGAUAUUGUGAAGUCUAAACUUGGAAUAGGUAAUCUGUGCCACCAUCAUCCAUUAUACAGUAGCAUGCUCCCACCCCCACAGUGUAAAUAACAUACUGUAUAAAAAGAAAUAAAAUCUGAAAUCCUCCCGUUCAGGUAGCAGUGGGCUUCCCUGAAAUUAGAAAGUCCAUGAUGAUCAGUCAACCAUACUACAGGCUCAUAAACCAGCCAUGUGAGGCAGAUCUUCUCCCGUGCCUAAAAUAAAGCCCUGAAUCAUGGAUACCACCAGACUGCAGUUCUCCUGUGGUUUAGUAUGGGUAACAUUUGUGUAACCGCUGGAAUUUACAUUUCAACAAAUCGGAUUGACAGAAUGGUGCUUUACUGUAAAUCAGUAAAUGAUUAAUGAAAUGAAAGAUUUUGAAGACUGCGUGUGAGCUAAAAUGUGAUAGAUUUUGACAGGUUUCUGUAAUCCAUUCGGAAAACUGCUGUCAUUUGCGUGGUAUGGCAUUGAUAUAAUGGCAGCAAAGCUAAAGAAGAUAUUCUGCAACUAACUGAAACAGUUCACAAUAGAUUUGUGAAAUAAUACAUGCGCUUUAAUCUUGAUUUGAAAAGGGGUUAUAAAACAUCAAAUAAAAAGAGCGUAAAAAGCAUAUGUUGUGUAGGUUAAGCCCAUGGGCACACUUUGGGUGUCAGCGAUGAUAUGUGUUCAGAACUGGGGGCGCCUCUCUUUUGUCUGUAGAUGCUCUUUCCUGGAUGAAUUUCAGGAGGUCUCAAGAGAACUGGGGUUAGAAAUGAGAACAUCUUGGCAGCUCCACAGUACAGUGUUCAUAUAUAUAUAACAUAUAAGGGACCUAGACUUAUUUUUCUCGCAAUUGUUUUCAUUUCUUGCCAAACAAGUCAGAUAAACUUAACUUAAGUCGCAGUGGCUGAGAUAAAUCAUUGUAAUACAGCAGAGCAUCGAUUAUCCAGUGGCCUGAGGGGAAGGGGUUGCCGGAUUUUCAAAAAUGCCACAUAAUCCCAUCAAAGUUUCUAUAGUAACUUGUUUUUGAACAUUCUUUCCUUUUGGAUAUUGUGUACUGUAUAUGCAUUUAAUAUUUCGAAUUUAAAAACGCAAAUAGACUACAUACAAAACACAUUAAUUUGCUUAAUGCAAAGUACAAUGCAUUACCAUUUAGUACAACACCUUAUAGAUGAAAACUAAAAUGUGGUUUGUAAAUACUUUAUACUGUAUUUUCACCAGUUUGGCCUGUAAUCAGCAGAAAAUGUUGGAAGCAGGAUUAUAAAAUAAAUAAUAAGAGUAUUCUGUAUGUAAUUAAUCAGAAUUCACUCAAUUUACAAUGUAAAAUGAAUUCUGCAUGGUACAGUAUGUUGUAAUUUCAGGAUAUUCAAAACAAUCUUGCUAUGCCCUAACCCUUCACUCAAAUCACUGAUGCAUGUAGAGCUUUUCAGACCUACUGUACAAUAAUACUAAUACUUGCUGAUCAAUGAAACUUUUUUUAUACAUGUGGGUCAUCUCAGGUGAAAUUAAAAUCUUUCUUAUGGGUUCUUUUCCAUGCAAUUUGCUCCUGCUGUGAGAUCUGGUUCGUAACUGACAAGUGAAAGCAUGAGGCAUUUUUUCCCAACUUUCUUUUUUAAUUCCCAAAUGAGGGAAAAAUCAACAACUGUACAAUUAGCUAAACAGAAAAUCUAAAAUUAUGUUCAUCUGAUAGCCUUUUGAUGAUUGCUCAUUGUUAUUCAAAAUGCUCAGCAAAGUUAAGUUGACCUUACAGGUGAUAGUUUCUCUCUGGAUAGGUAAUUAAUUUAAUUGCUUUAUGUUAUUUAUAGAAAUACCAUGCUGCAUGAAGAAUUGAAAUUUGUUGAUGGCAUGAUAAACUACCUAAACGAAUGUUUCUGAAAUAAA